AUGGAUUCGAGAAGAAGACGACGCUCGACUAGGCAGCGUUCACGUUCCAGACCUUUAGGAAAUUUCGAAGAACCAGUAAAUUUAAUGCAACUCUUGCGACGACGUUCUCGUUAUCGUCCUUAUAGUGUUAACAAUAGAAAUAUGCGUCAAGUGCAACAUCCUUUCUUUAUGGCCAAUAAUGAAAUACAAAGCGAAAAUAUAGCAAAUUUUGGAAGUUUUUACAGGCGCAAUAUAAAUCGGUUGAACGAGGAAAUAUUACCUUCUUUUAAUACAGCGCAUAGUCUAAAUAGACAAGAUAUGGGUACUAAUACUGAAGUACCUUGUUGUGCCGCACAUUCUUCCUCUACUUCUACUUCUACAGAACAAACACCACAAGCUGGAGGCGAUGUACCUGAACAGAUGGCUUUAAAUGAUACUAGAAGUUUAAUAUAUGAGGAUUUGGUAGAGUUACAAAAUAAUUCAAUGCCUUCCUUUGAUAGUACCGUUACGAAUAAUAUUCCAAGUGAAGCUACUUUAGAAGAUAAUAGAUCGAUAUCUUAUGCUGUUUUGGGCACAACAAAAUCAAAUCAUUCAAAAUCCCAAGAAGAAUCCAGCUCCGAUGCUACAGGUUCCUCAGUUUCUUAUACCGAAAAAGAUGAACUUGUAGGGGAAACACAUUUAUCAGAUGUAACCUCAAAAACUGAUCCCCAAAUCAAAACAGAUCUUGUGCCGACAGAAAAUAAUCGGGCCGAAAGCUCGGAAACAAAUAUUGCAAAUGAGCCUCUAGAUUCCUUUCAUUCUUAUAGCGGAAAUUUUAGAUCCUUGGAAGCUAAUAUCAAUAGAGAUUAUUCUUAUUAUUUUGAAGAUAUGGAAAGGCUAGAUGCUUAUAUGUUACCCGAUAUUUUUGAACCAGAAGAAAGUUUAUUAACGGAAAAUGAGGUGAGAACAAAUGAGACACAAAACGCUUCAACGUCGGAAGAGUUUACAGUAAAAGAUAAUACUUCGGAAUCUGACAAUACUUCCACAAAGCUUAUAAAACGAAAUGAAUCUAAUACAACAGUCAAUAUUGCAACGGAUGAGUCGUCUUCAGCGGAAGAUGUAAAAGUUAUAAAUCAUACUAUAGAAAUCCCUGCAUCAUCCUCCGAUUCUCUAGAAGUACCAACUACAAUCAGAAUUGCUCAUGUUGAGGUACAUUCAAACACCUCCACCGAGAAUAAUGCCAGUGAUUCUACUUUAAAUAUUGAGGAUAAUGAUUCCAAUACUGCUGCUGCUGAUGAUGAGGCUGGUGGAGAUGGUCUUUAUAAUGAUUCCAAUAAUCCAAGUGACUCCAAUUUGAAUAAUCAGCAAAGCGAAUCUAACACAGCGACCGUUGAUAUUAAAGCUGGAGGAGAUGGUUCACAUAACGACUCCCUAAUACAAAUUGAAUUUACUAUAACCGCCAAUUUACAAUCUGACGAUGAUGAUGACGAUACCAAUGCCGAUGAUGAGGGUGAGGGGAAUGCUGACAAUUAUCGGGAAUGGCAUGAUGAAGAUACUUAG